AGCAGGCUACGACAUCACCGGGCAACAGAUUGUGACUGCGUGGCCUUCACUGCUCCUAUUGGGGCGCUAGCAGAGCCUGGCUCAGUCUGGCUCGUUCCUGGCUUCCUGCUGAGCAGCUCUGUGCGGUUUGGAAGGCGAGCAAGAAUUUGGCUGUGCUGGACCGUGCCUGUGGCUGCUUCCGGCAGUUCCCAGUGCCCGUCCUCACAGCACUGCUUCUGUUUCCCUGGCCCUGCCCAGUGCAGGCAGCCAGGGCCCCGCAGGACGUACCCGCGGCAGCGGAGUGCGUGACACCAGUGCUGCGGCAACCGUGAAGGAGGGCAGUUUGUCACCCAACGCUCUCCUCACCUGCAGCAGCCAGAAGACCAUGGCCGCAGCAGAGGCAUGGACGUGUCCUGUCUGCCGUGAGGCACGACGGGACGUGGCGUAUGCAACACCGUGCAACCAUCAGUUCUGCCUCGGCUGCAUCCAGCGGUGGGCCAUGCUGAAAACCAGCUGCCCGCUCUGCAGGACAGCCAUGAGGACCAUCAAGGUCUCCGUGUGGGGAGAUGAACAUCACGUCGAGUGCGUCGUCUCCCCACCCGCAGUGCCGCUCCCUGCCCAAUUCCACCACGGCAGCACCACCCGCCCCAGCGGCACUGCGGCACACGCUCCAUCCUCUGGGCCGCUGCCGCCACAGCAGAGGGCUGCAGGGCCACAGAGGAGCGUGAGAGUGGGCGGCCUCCUGCCGCAGGAGUGGGCGGCAGCGUUCAGGGAGCGACGCCACAUCCUCGACCCCGUGCUGCCCGGCCUGCACCAGAAGCUCUCCGCCAUCCAUGGGAUCCCGUGGUGGCAGGUCAGGUCCACCGAGAGCCUGUUCCUGUGCUGCCUGUGUCAGCUGGGGCUGGACAGGGAUGCCAUGGCCCGGUGCAUAGAGCCCAGCGUGGGACCCAUCGCCACGCCAAUCAUCAACUGGCUCACUGACACCAUCGUCAGCCUCUGUGGCCGGGAGGUGCGCAGGAUGUGGGGCCUCGAGGACGAGAGCACUGCCGGGGGGCAGGAGGACAGCCCCACGGCUUCCUCCCCACAGACAACCCUCGCCCCCAGCAGCUCUGAGGGUCCCAGUGCCGAGGAGAUCCCCGGCACAUCCAGCAGAGCCCUUCACGGGGGUGCCGCUCAGCUCCCCGCCGCCCCCAGCCCCAGGGAGCAGCAGCAGCCCCGUGACGAGCAGGGGCAGGAGGCAGCAGGGCCCAGUGCCCAGCGCUGCAGCUGCUCAGCUCCAGGCCGGGGCAGGAAGCGCUCUGCUGGGGGGCCCCGGCGCCCCACGAAGAGGAGGGCCAGCAGCACCCAACGUGCUCCCCAGCCCUGCAAGAGGCCGCCCCCACGGCGCCUCUAGCGGGGCUUACGCUCCCUUUUAAAAUAACAAAUAUAUACAUUUCAAAAAAAGAAUACGCCACUGAGAAAGUCUCGUUCUUAACCAAAACACAGCUGCUACUGCCACGUGCACACUGCUGCUCCCUGGAGGUAUUCAAAAGAGUGUCCACGGGGCACUCAGGGACACGCUUUUGCGUGUGGCCAUCCAACCUUUGGCGUGCCUGGGACACGCUGAGGGAAGAGCUUUUGUCUCAGGCCACAUAUCAAAUAUACAACACAGUUAACCGAUACAACUAACAAAACAGCUCUUCUUAAGUACAUUUACUAGGAAUAUUUUUCUAAAGAGCGCCACCAAAGCAUAAAACUGAAAAUGGAGUCACAGCUAUACGCACACCUGUUUCACACAAUGCCACUGCAGGUUG